AUGGAGGAACCGCAGCUCCCCGCCUCCAUCAACCCCAGCAACUUCCCGGCCAAGCUGUGGCGGCUGGCGAACAGCCCGCGGUUCCGCUCCGUCCGCUGGGACGCCCGCGGCGAGGGGCUCCUCAUCGACCAGCCGCUCUUCGAGUGCGAGGUGCUGGGCACCAGGCCGGGCCAUGCCGUGGGGCUGGCCGGCGAUGGGGCCAACCUCUUCAAGACCAAGAACUUCACCAGCUUCAUCCGACAGCUCAACCUCUAUGGCUUCCGCAAAGUGGUGGCGACGGCGGGUAGCGUGGCGGGGACCGGACCUGGGCUGGGCUCAGGGCUUGGCGAUGGCGACAGCUCCACCGGGCCUAUGCACCACUUCCACAGCCCCCACUUUUGCCGCGAUCACCCUGACCUCCUUGUCCACCUGAAGCGCCUGACAAGCACCAAUAAGGCGAAGCUGGCUGCUGGUCUGGAGGUGAACAGCCGCCCACCCAACUGCUUCCAGCGGCUGCUUGGGAUGUCGCCGCACGAGAACCCACUGCUGCUACCCUCGACGCUUGGCAAGGCCAACAGGCCCGGACUGAUGCCUGUAGGACAGUUUCAUCAACCUUAUCAUCGAGACGGUUUCUUUCCUUACUCCUAUGUAUCAACCUCAGUCCAGAACCACAGCACUUUACCGGCAAAAAGUUUCGAUCGGACUUCAGUCCCUUCCAGAACAUGGCAGGGAUCUCUUGGGUUACUUCCAGGGCAUGAGGCUUCCCCAACUUUUCCAGAUAGAGGGGUUGCCUUUCCAGGGCUCCAGAGGUUUCCAACAGAGGUCACAUACACACUCCAGCCUGUCGUCUCUCUUCUGCCGCUUCAGCAAGGCUCUCAAACCAUUGCCACUUCCCUUCCAAACUACAGCAGCUACACUUCUUCAAUGCAGUACUCACAAGCCUACUAUCCAACAGCUGCACUGCAGUGUUGUUCACCUGCCCACACGGAUCCUCUGACUGGCUGUGCUAGUCCUACAGCUUCCACGUACACCUACUGCAGCUUCUUCCAGAGUCCUCCAAUGCAUCCACCUUACAAAGCUGAAUAUCUGCCCUCUAACUGGCCUUGUGAUACGUUCGAUGAAAACAAGAAGACAGACGAAAAUCUUGAAGCUCUGUUUCAGGUCGCUGAUGAAAUGUGUUCAUCACCCAAAGCUGACGUGGUGAAAGUGGAACCUGUGGAGAGCCAGCGUUCAACCCCUCAGUCCAACAGAGGUCAACUGGUGAAUAUUGAGAAUAUUGAUACGCCUUCUUCAACUGAGCAAAGCCAACUGGAAUCUCUUAGUCCUGUAGCUUCAGACACAUUGUUUGUGAUGGGAACAGAUCAAGCAGUAACUUGUUCUCCAUCACAGCCUUUUGAAUUUCUCUGUGCUACCCGUGCCACUGCAUCUGUAGAAAGGGCUGCUGCUGGAAUAAUGCAGGAAUUUGUGACCACAGGGGAAGCAUGUGAAAACCUGAGAGAACAACCAGAUCACUGCCCAGCUCAAUCCGCUGUCAUGUUUGUUCAGGAAGCACCAUUCAAUCCAGAGCAGGAGAACGCUAGUAUUGAAUGUGGAUCCAGUACGUCAGAGACAGAAGAGAGACAAUUCACUUCAGGAACUGAGCCUGUGAACAAAGCUGUAGAAAAGGCAGAUUCAUCUGUAAAACCUAGAUGCCGGAAAAGAAAACACAGCAGCGAGUCCCCUGAUCACCAUCUGCUGGUGGACAUAGCCUGCAAGCAGGGGUGCUUUCCCAGGGAAGAAACAAGAGAGUGA